GUGCUUACGUGUAGUUGUGCCGCUAGUCUCGCGAGAUGAGAGUUGGUGCGUCGGGUUUGUCUGUGAGGCAGGAGGCUGGGAGCUUGCCACUGACAGCUUUGCGGGAGGUCCUUUACCAGCAAAGCAUUGCACUAAUGGAAGCCCAGAGCAUUACCAAGACAAUUUCUCGGAAGAGAAGAAAAGAUGUUGCAGGGCCCAAUGGGACAACAGAUGAAGACCACGUUCCAAUAAAGGUUGCCCGCCACACAAUGGGGGUAAGAGAGCCUGCACCUUUUUCUGAUGAGCUGAAGGUUGACCGCAGUAAUACCUACAGAAGAGUGUCAAUGGAAGAAGCAAAAUUAGGAACCCCAAUUGAACGACCAGUGAGAGUUUAUGCUGAUGGGAUAUUUGAUCUUUUCCACUCUGGCCAUGCACGAGCUUUGAUGCAAGCAAAAAAUCUAUUUCCCAACACACACUUGAUUGUUGGAGUCUGCAGUGAUGAACUGACACACAACUUAAAAGGCUUCACGGUGAUGAAUGAGGCAGAAAGAUAUGAUGCAGUCCAACACUGCCGCUAUGUGGAUGAGGUGGUGAGAAAUGCACCGUGGACACUUAGCCCAGAGUUUCUGGAGAAACACAGAAUUGAUUUUGUUGCACAUGAUGAUAUCCCUUACUCUUCUGCGGGAAGUGAUGAUGUUUAUAAGCACAUUAAAGAUGCAGGAAUGUUUGCUCCAACACAGCGGACAGAGGGAAUCUCCACCUCUGACAUUAUUACAAGAAUUGUGAGGGAUUAUGAUGUUUAUGUUCGUCGCAACUUACAGCGUGGAUACACUGCAAAGGAGCUUAAUGUCAGCUUUAUCAACGAGAAACGCUUUAAUUUGCAAGAGCGUGUGGAUAAAGUAAAGAAGAAGGUUAAAGAUGUGGAGGAGAAGUCCAAAGAAUUCGUCCAGAAGGUGGAAGAGAAGAGUAUUGAUAUGAUCCAAAAGUGGGAGGAAAAAUCACGAGAGUUCAUUGGAAACUUUUUAGAGAUGUUUGGCCCAGAGGGAGCUUUGAAGCACAUGCUAAAGGAAGGCAAAGGUAGAAUGCUUCAGGCAAUAAGUCCAAAGCAAAGCCCAAGUAGUAGCCCCACUCGUGACCGCUCUCCGUCCCCAUCUUUUCGCUGGCCAUUUUCCACAAAGAUUUCUCCUCCUGCAUCUCCUGGCAGGCACUCUCGGCCCACUGCUGCCACUUAUGACAUCAGUGAAGAUGAAGAGGAUUAAGAGGCCUCCCAAUUCUCUUCCAAAACCAAAUCCUUCCCAUCAGCUGCUAAUGCCCAGACUCCAGAAAGGCAGCCACUCCGUGAGGGAACGAGCGCCCGGUGGGGGCCUCAAAGAUUUCCAGUGCCGAGCUGGAGUGUUCAGAAAGCAGGAGUUUGCGAGAGUGGUUAAAACCCGUCACAUUUGCUUUUUCCUCCCUUUAUUUUUUUGUUUUUUUUUUUUUUUUAAAUUGAAACAUAGCCCCUUUUUAAUGAACUAUUUAUCUAAGAUAUCCGUAUAUUUCCUUGUCACUGAUUUUUGUUUUCUGUUCCCUGGAGGUUUUUUCACACGGAUCCAUAAUAGUCUCCUAUAACCACGUCGUCUUUCAUUGUUGUGUAACAUCCCUGUACAUUGCUUCUGCUGCGAACUCCCACAUUCCAGGAUCGUUCAGGCUUCUCAUGUUGUAAGAGCAAAUGUCACUAGUCUGACGUUGGAAAUAUGCACUAGAAUGGGAGUAGUGACCAGUGGAAGCUGUACUUGGAUUGAAAGCAGUCACUGAGAGACAGCCAUUUCCAAUUGAAAGUGCCUGGUAUCAUAAUUUUGGAGUAAAUCCUGCAUGCUUCCCUUUUGGGCUGUGUGGGCACUGACCUGGUUAAUCAACAAAGGUUAAAUGAUAAAUUUUCUAGCUAAUGGGCUAUGUUUACAAAUUGCUUCUCAUACUGGAAUAUUAUGAGACUCUUGUCAUGGGGAUUACAGAGAACACUACCACUGAAAUAUUUUUCUUGUUGUUUAAAUGUAUUAAAUAUGUCUGCCUCCA